GGAAUAUUAUCUUUUUAUUCUUUCAUUCCCGUUGCGCGUGGGCAUUUUAAACGAUAAGCUAACGUAAACAUAAUUUUUACUAAUAUUUUCUAUUUUUUUAAAUGUGUUUAUAACUAAUCAGUCUGAAUUUACGAGCAAAUCCAGUCAUGUUUGUGAUCGUGCGUUAUGCAGAUGACAGACGAGAGCUGUUUAAUCCGGAUUGUAGAAGCUGCUUGUUGCUAAACAACAUAAAGGAACGUUGUGACUGUGACGAAGAUGAUAUCGUGGAUCUAUCAGAUGAAACAGGCUGUCUCAAGAACCUGAUAAAACAUCCUUUAGAAUAUGCAACUAAAUUCCUGACAAGUCGAGAAAUUCUUGUUCUUGUCAAAGGAGAAAAGACUGAUGACAAUCAAAUGACGUUUGUACCUUUACUAGAAAGCCUAGAAGAUAAUAAAGAAUUUUUAGAGAGACUCAACCCACCACCGCCGAAACAAAAGGAAGAAAAACACUCUUCUCCACGGAAUUCCGCAAGAGGAAUGCAUCCCGGCUUGGGUUCAAAAAGAACGUCGUUGGUCCCAAGACCGAGCAAAAACCUCGGCAUCCCGCAACAAUCCCGUAAUUUGCUCAGUCCAAACAUGGGCCGAAGAUCAAGUCGAGCCCGAAGUCAAAGUGUUCAGUUAUCACAUACUCCUCUUAACUUGCUAAAGAAGCCUCGAUAGCUACAAACACAUCGACGACAAUUAAGAUCACGUGAUCGUCAUAUGAAAUAUAGAGCGCUUUCACCGAUGACGUCACGGCCGCCAUAUUGGCGUACCUUUAACAACUGAAAUUGAACUCAAAUGUAAAUUUAAAUGUUGAAAGUAUUAAUUAUUCGUACCGUACCUUUUACCUGCCGGGCCAUUACGACCUCGUGCAAUGUCAAACAUCAGAGUCACACUCUCUAUUGCCGUUUCAAGUCGAGGCAUUUAGGUCAAUACAAUGAAAAUGUAUAGAACCUGACCCAAAUGCAACAAUUUUUUGAAGACAAUAGAAUGCAACUGUAAUAUCUUCUAUUUGAUCAAUGUUCGGGUAAGGUCUAUUUGUAGAAAUACGUUGCAUUAUGGGGCUGGUUUGAGGGACUCUUCAUCACUCAGUUGACAUUUUAUGCAUCAGGAAACAAAAUAAAUUUGAAAAUUAACACGACAA